AAAAUAUUUUAUUAUUUUGUUCAGAAAACAUAAAAUAAAAGUACCCUAGAUCUCACUCACUCUGUGAUUUCGAUCCUGUACCAUGUUUAUGGCCUUGUUCCUUUAACAGAAGAAUCAAGUGAUUGGUUAGGAGUAAUGGAGGAGCCCCAUUCCAUGAACAGUCCUAGAAGAGUCCUUAGUUUUUCAAGAAAAGGGAAAGAUGCAUUGUUUGUCCCUAAUCCUGAUAACAACAGGACUUCUAGAAUUGCAGUUUCAGGGCAACAUGGACCAAAACCUUCUGAAGUUUAUGGAUUUGUUGGAGCUAUUUCAACUGUUGUGGCUACUGUUAUUUUCUUGAUAUGGGCUUAUCUUCCUGAGCAUUGGCUACACUCUGUUGGAAUAUUUUACUACCCUAGCAGAUAUUGGGCUUUAGUUGUUCCAACCUAUACAAUGGUAACUAUAGCAUUAGCUAUUCUGUUCUAUAUCGGUCUCAAUUUCAUGGCAACACCUUCUCCAACUUCAUUAACUACAAUUUUCGAUGAUUAUAGUAGAGAUGCUUUGAACUCGUCUGACCUAUCCAUGGAAGACGAUGAGCGGCCAAUUGAGCCUAUAUCUGAUCUCGGGAUAGACUUGAUAAAUGAUCUCAUGUUUAAAGAUUGGAAAAGUUAAAUCUUUUACGAUAAUGAUUGGAAUCCUGCAUGUUGUUGAAUUGAUUUCUAAUAACAUGGAAAAGAUAGAAUUGAAGGUCAAUUUGUCAUAUGCAAGGACA